AAUCACCUCGGGUUUUUUUAUUUUUUCUUAAACAAACCAAAAAGCACAGAAAAUUUUGAAAAAAAAAAAAAGUUUUUUUUUAGUUUUUGUUAUAAAAUUUUGUAAAUAAGCGAUUUCUCCUUCACUGAUGUGCGCUAAUGAGGCUGAAGUGAUGGGAACUGAUAGGCUGCACUGAUGGACACUGAUAGGUGGCACUGAUGGGCACUGAUGAGGAGGCACGGGUAGGUGGCACUGAUGGGCAUUGACAGGCAU